UUCUUUUGUUAUAAAAUGUCGGGGUUGUUCGGAAUAAGUUCGUGAAAAAUCGUGAGUUCUUUAAUCAAUCCCUCGUCCCAGUCUCCCACGAGUUUACGGUCAACAAAAUGGCGGGCAAAGAGUAAAGAUUAAAAAAACGAUCAAAAACUUGCAAAAUAUCACUAAUAAGUCAAGCUUCAAGCAUCUAAAUCGAGUGCUUAGUAUUCUGAAUCUUAAAAGAGAUCGUAGUCAUGUUCAUAGCGAGAGAAAUAUCAGCAGGACACAAGGAUUUGAUCCACGAUGUGUCAUAUGACUUCCAUGGAAGGCGCAUGGCUACUUGUUCAAGUGAUCAAAGUGUGAAAGUUUGGGAUCUUGGUGAAGAUGGCGAGUGGAAAUGCACGGGAAACUGGAAGACUCACUCUGGUUCAGUGUGGAAAGUCACCUGGGCACACCCUGAGUUUGGUCAGGUUCUCGCAUCCUGUUCCUUUGACAGAACUGUAGCCAUCUGGGAAGAACAAGUUGUUGGGUCAAAUCAUACCUUGACACAUGGACAAAGUCAUUGGGUAAAGCGUGCAUCUCUUGUGGACAGUCGGACGUCAGUGACAGAUGUCAAAUUUGCUCCCCAUCACCUGGGAUUACAACUGGCAACAUGUUCCAAAGAUGGGACUGUGAGGAUAUAUGAAGCACCAGACAUCAUGAAUCUAAGCCAGUGGUCACUACAGCAUGAGAUCCAGUGUAAACUCAGCUGCAGUUGUGUUUCUUGGAACCUAUCAAGGAAUCAUGCUUCUAUGUUAGCUGUUGGUAGUGAUGACACUAAUCCUAGCGCAGGAGGAAAGGUUCAGAUACAUGAAUACUAUGAUAACGACAGGAAAUGGCAAAGAGUGGAGACGCUAAUGGCUAUUACUGAUGCCGUCCACGAUGUUGCAUUCUCACCAAACCUAGGAAGGUCAUAUCAUCUUCUAGCCAUUGCAUCAAAGGAUGUUAGGAUCAUGAAACUGAUGCCAACUGGUUCAGAUCAAGGAGUUUCUAAUUUAGGAGGUGGUUUUGCUAAACUAGAUAUUAGUCUUGUUGCACAGUUCAGUGACCAUGAAUCACAGGUCUGGAGGGUAGAGUGGAACGUCACUGGUACAAUCUUGGCGUCAUCAGGUGACGAUGGGUGUGUCAGGCUAUGGAAAGCCAACUACUUGGAUAACUGGAAAUGCAUAUCUGUAUUAAAGGGUGACGGCACACCGGUACCAAUGCCGAGCCUUGGGGGAAACCAACAGGAUAUCCCAAGUGCACAAAACAAUAUGAUGACUAGACAGAUGACGAAGUCUCAGAUGCAGACAACAUGGUAUUCGUGAUUAUAGACACGAAAAUAAUACUGUAUACAAGCAAUGUAAAUGAUUUAAAGAAUGGUAAAUAAGAAGACCAACAACUUGCGAGAACGCACUAUGAAUCGUUCGCGUACGGAGCCAGCGUGCGCUUGAAACAGUUUUUCUUUCAAACUUACUGGUUUUUUCCCUUUGUAGUAAAAGACAAAUUUCCAAUGGUUGAGCGUCGUAUAUCCUCUUAUUUACCACGAUAUGACUUCUAAACCGUCGGAAAUUCAUGAUCAUGGUCAAUGGUUAAACAUAGGUUUUUACAACAACAACAAUAACUGCAACAGAAAACAACAUCAGUAAGGACAAGAGAAAAUGUACUAGCUUAUUUUCUCUUGAAUAGAAGAGCAACAACUACAGCGAUAACAAUAACAAAAAACAACAAAGCCGCAUUAGCAACAAGAAACCGAAUGUACGAAUUUUCGCGCAACAUUGUUGCGCUAAAAAUUGCGUGCGCGGCCACGCAAACCGAUGGCAACAUUGUUGUGAGUUUUGAAGGUCGUUCAAAAACUUGCAACAUUUUGCUGCAACAAAAAAUCGUUCAAAAUAGUAACCGCGCGUCUUCUUACACGAAGACAACUUUAAACGUAAUACUAAUGCGCUAAAAAUCUCCGUUGCAAAUCGUCUCGUGUAAUACGACCUAGUUUGAGGCUCUAAUGCACGAGGAAAUUAAGGUGGUUAUGCUUUGUUGUGCUUGAUGUUAGUGAUUGAUGAAUUAGCAAUAAAACUACCGUCAGUAUUA